UCGGCGAAGGUCCGGGCCAACGACCACGCGCCGGCGGGCGACCGCGCCCCCCCCCAAUCGCGGCCCCGCCACCGAGGUCGGUUUCUUCGUCGGCGGGUGCGCCCCUGCCCGCCCGGUGAAAGAGCGCCCGGGGGAGCGAGGAGCCGGCGGAACGCCCGCGUGUGGCGCCAGGGCCCCGGGAAGAAGCCGUUUGCGGGGCGGGCGCCGGAACUUGCCGUUUCCGCGACGACGGCGGCCACGCGGGGCCGCCAGAUGCCGGAUUCCGGUUUCCAGCACGCGGUUUUCGUGGCUGCGGCAGGCGCGCGGCCCCACCCGCCGCCGCGUGUCUCGCCGGCCCUGUGA